UCAAAUCGAGAAGAGGCGCUCGUGAGAACAGCGGAGAGGGUGUUCACAACACAAACAAUGCAAAGACCGGGCAAAGGGAAGACUCCUCGGAGGCCUGGGCCAAAGAAGGCGUCCAACACAGAGAGAGAUCCUGUGGGAGUGUACUGCCGUAUACGGCCCCUUGGAUCAGAGGAUGAGGAAUGCUGUGUUGAGAUGAUCAGCAGCACCACCAUUCAGCUGCAUGCUCCUGAUGGCCUUAAAGCUAACCGAAAUGGGGAAUACAAGGAGACACAGUACUCCUUUAAGAAAGUAUUCGGUAUUAACACCACUCAGUUGGAGUUGUUUGAGGAUGUUGCCAAGCCGCUGGUAGAGGAUCUAAUUCACUGUAAAAAUGGUCUGUUGUUUACGUAUGGUGUUACUGGAAGUGGUAAGACCUUCACUAUGACUGGCUCACCUGGGGAAGGUGGUCUUCUCCCCCGUUCUCUAGACAUGAUCUUCAACAGCAUCGGACCCUUUCAGGCUAAAAGAUUUGUGUUCAAACCAGAUGAUAAAAAUGGCAUGGAGAUCCAGAGUCAAGUUGAUGCUCUCCUCGAGAGGCAGAAGCGAGACAGUCAGCAGGCAGUGCCCAAAACGCCAUCUUCUAGGCAGAAGCCUGACCCUGAAUUUGCAGAUAUGAUCAGUCCAGAUGAGGCCUGUAAAUCGGAGAAUGUGGAUGAAGACGGUUGUUACAGUGUGUUUGUUUCCUAUAUUGAGAUCUACAACAACUAUAUCUACGAUCUCCUUGAAGAUGCUCCGUAUGAUCCGAUCAGACCAAAGUGGCUCGGUGGAAGCACGCCUGUGCGGAGCAAUGAACCACCUCAAUCUAAGAUUCUACGAGAAGAUCAGAAUCAUAACAUGUAUGUGGCUGGCUGCACAGAGGUGGAGGUAAAAUCAACAGAGGAAGCUUUUGAAGUCUUCUGGAAGGGUCAAAAGAAAAGGAGGAUAGCCAACACUCAGCUCAACCGUGAAUCCAGCCGCUCCCACAGUGUCUUCACAAUAAAACUGGCCCAGGCACCACUAGAUGCUGAUGGGGACCACAUACUACAGGACAAAAACCAGGUGAAUGUGAGCCAGCUGUGUCUGGUUGACCUGGCCGGCAGUGAGCGCACUAACAGGACCAGAGCAGAGGGAAGCCGUCUCCGUGAAGCGGGAAAUAUUAACCAGUCCCUGAUGACGCUGCGCACAUGUAUGGAAGUCCUGCGUGAAAAUCAGAUGUGUGGAACUAAUAAGAUGGUGCCAUACAGAGACUCUAAAGUUACCCAUCUAUUUAAAAACUACUUUGAUGGGGAGGGAAAAGUCAGGAUGAUUGUUUGUGUGAACCCAAAUGCUGAUGAUUAUGAAGAAACUGUGUUGGUGAUGCGCUUUGCAGAAAUGACCCAAGAGGUAGAAGUGGCACGGCCGGUUGACCGUCCAAUAUGUGGCCUUGCUCCUGGACGCAGGCACAGAAACCAGGCUUUCAGAGACGAGCUCUCACGUCGUCUGGAAGAACGAGGAGGGCCCAGCAAUGCUGUAGAUGACAGAGUUCUGAUGACUCAGCUUAUAGAAAGCCUUCCAGAUUUACCUACUUGCGAGCUGGUCGACCCAGCUGAUGACCAGACGCUGCCCCGCCUGAUUGAGGUCCUGGAAAGGAGGCAUCAAAUCCGACAGAUGAUGACAGAACAAUUCAAUAAAACUGCUAAUACAGUGAAAUCCAUGCUGCAGCAGUUUGACAGCCAGCUCAGUGCAAAGGAUUACUUCCUCCACGAUCAACAGAGCAAACUGAAUGAAAAAGACAAAGUCAUUCUCAGUCAGAAAACGGAGAUGGAACGACUGGAGAAAAAGUCCAAAACGUUGGAGUAUAAGAUCGAUAUCCUGCAGAAGACGACGGACAUGUACGAGCAGGACAAACGUGCACUUCAGCAGGAGCUGGAGACCCGGGAGCACAGGCUACAGAGCGAGCUGUCAGAGAGGAAGCGCAUGGAGCAGCGCAUGCAGGGCGUGGUGACGGACACCAGACUCAAGUGGGAGAAGGAGUGUGAGAGACGGGUGAAUGCAAAGCAGCUGGAGAUGCAGAACAAGCUGUGGGUAAAGGAUGAGAAGCUGAAGCAGCUGAAGGCCAUAGUGACGGAGAGCAGCAGCGGUGGCAGCACUCCCACUGAGCGUCCAGAGAAGCCCGAGAGGCCCUCAAGGGAGAGAGAUCGAAACAUCCAACAGAAGAGGUCUCCCUCUCCAUCACCACUUCCUGAUUUCAGCCAAACUCCUUCCCACCAAAAUAAAGCCAGAGUUAGGGUGUUUCAGGACCCCACCUCCACACCAUCCUCCUCUGACUAUCCUUCAGUAGCCUCCAGCAUCUCUAGGUGGGAGCAGAGGCUCCCUGUAGAUUCAGGCAGCCAGAAUAGGUUCACCGGGACUCCCCAAUGCAGGAGCCGAACUCCGGCCCCAUGCCACAGCACCAGCAGUGUGGGUCACAGGAGAGGCCAGCGCAGGGCCCCAGGCACUGAGGUCCCUGCCACCACUCUUGUCUAUGGACUAGACCUAGAGGCAGGCACAAGGAAGGCACUUCCAGUUCAUCCAAAACACAGGCGUUCACACUCUGCUGGUGGGGAGAAAUGGGUAGACCACAAACCACCUUCUAAUUUGGAGUUAGACACUGUCAUGCAGCCAAUCAUACCCAAUGCAAUCAAGGUGUCCACCCCAAGCGAGAAGGCUCUGUCUAAAUGCCACAAGUAUGUGCUUAGACAUCAAGAGCUUGCCUCUGACGGGGAGAUCGAAACCAAACUGAUUAAGGGCGAUGUGUUUAAGACCAGAAGUGGCGGACAAGCUGUGCAAUUUACAGACAUUGAGACUCUCAAACAAGUGUGCCCGUUAGCACCAAGUCGCAAAAGGCGAUCAGGAUCUGCAGAAGGACCAGCUGAAGUGGAGGACAUAGAAAACAGGGCUCCAGUGGCUAGCACAAAUUCAUCCCAUGGGUAUCAAAAACGCAGAAAGCCUUAAAUUGCCCUCAAUAUUUUCAUCUUGCUUUUAACAUACAAGAGUGGGUAAUUGUGAGGAAAUUGAAGGGAAACUAUGCAUCUUUUCGAUACCAAGUUGGGUCUUUUGUUUGUUUGUUUUUUUGUUUUUUAAUUCUAUCACAUCUUAUUAGGAAUUAUUCUGGUGGAAUUAUCAUUUUUUUCAGAACAAGAGUAAUGGAGAAUAUUUAAGUUGUAAUUGCUGCAUUUGUGUUACUUUUUGAAUUCUGGAAAUAUUUCUCCUUAAAAACAUGAACAAACUUAUAAACACUCUACAAAUGGAACCUUUUAUGCUUUUGAAUGCUUUGUACUAUCCAAAGACGACCAUAUGUUUCUAUAGACCUGUUGUAUGUGCUUUUUUUUUUUCCCCCCCUAUGUCGCUGUUUUUCUUUUCAAAGGUCAUUGAUUGAUCAAAUGUCACACUAAGCAUAUUGCUGAUUAUUAAAAAAAAACAAAUUUUAGAUUAUACUGUGUAGAAUUGAAACUGUAAAUAUUACACCAUUAUGUAGGUUUUGAACUCGAUCCCUGGCCUGCAUGUAAAUAGAUGUCAUGAAACUUUUUACUUUGGCUUAUUGAAACAUCUCCUAAGAC